AUGGCCCAUCACCAACGGAACUCAUCGAUAGCAUCCUCCACCAAGACAGCCACGCCAACGGACAGCUGGGAGUCGUACUUUGACUCUUGGAGGGUGGAAGACGACGACAUGCCCGACAUGGCACCACCUCCAGCGCCCACCAUCAUCGAGCCCGUGAUAGUGGAUGACGAACUAUACCACCCGGACAGCCUCCUGGAUGCCCAAUUCAACCUGGAUCGGGCCCUGGAUUUGGAGCUGGACUGGGAUUUCCAGGAGUAUCACCACGACUAUCAGGACAGCUGCUCCCCCAAGGUGUUUGGGAGAUUGAACGACGACAAUCCGGCCAAUAAACGGCAUGCGAUUUGCGUCUCGAAUCGGCGGGCAGCGGCGGCGGCAUAUUGUCAAGGACAAAGUCGAAGAGAUCGUCGCCCUAUGCCAGUGAUACCAAUGACCAAGCGGCCUGAUGACGUUGAUCGGAUGGCAAAUAUGGGGAUGGCUGGGAUGGCCCAGCCUCGUCAGCCAUUCGCGGCACGGCAGGAGGAUCCGAGCAGAUCUGGCCAUGGCCAUGGCCAUGGCGCAUUUGCGAGGAGCCUGCAGAGGCACCAGCGCCGGUCGGAUUGCUGUUUAUUCGAGGGCUUGAGCCUGGGGUGUCCAAGUAGCAAAAGGCCACACCGGGCACCACAGCGCAAGGAGCAUUUCAGAGGGGCAGGAGGCGUGGGGAACCCACCACAGGCGGAGCCACUGGGUGGCUGUGGACAGCCCUUGACAGCUCCCUAUGAUUUCAUCGCCUAG